CCAAUUCAAUUACCUUGUUUAAGAACACAUUGUGAGGCAUCAUGCAUGUUUAGUUUUUCCAAACCCUAUGGGUCCAUGGGGAGUAGUGUGACGAUAUGUGGAAAUACCACAUAAAAAAAACCAAAUGUGUAUAAUGGCCGCUUUUUCAUGCGAAACGUGUUUACCAUCAUUGACACGCUGCAGUGUCAGACUUUUGAUUUUAUAUUAUUAUUAUUAUCAUCAUCUAUUUUCUGCACUUUACCACAAUUUGUCAGUGUCACGGUUUGGUUCUGCUUCCUGUUUUAUUUUGUAGUUUUCAUGUCUCUUGUGUCCCUGGGUAACUUCACUUCCUGCCUUGUCCUGUGAUUGCCUGAUUGCUUCCACCUGUGUCCAAUCACCUGCACCUCCCUAGUGUAUUUAAGCCCUGUGUGCCUGUUGUCCCUUGUCGCGUCAUUGUCUAUGUCGGUCGUCGUUGGUGCACGUCCUUUGGUUUUGGUUCGGAAUAAAGAGCACUUGUUGGAGAAGCCUGCAUGUGAGACCUGCUUCGCCCUGCACCAGCACCAGCACCGCUCCCUGACCGCCAGUGACCUCCUGUGUGCCACAUCUGCAGUUCUGUGGCAUCAAACAUCAACGUCACUCUCAUCCCACUCACUGUAACAAUGACCACAAAUAAGGUAUCCAAGUUUAGGGCAAUUUGAAACAAAGUUAUCAAACAAGAUUAGAAGAAGAGGAACAAAUGGACUCUUUUAUUCAUUUUGUUAAGCUGUAAAGCUAAUAACCAACGAAAAUGAAGUUAUUAUGUUUAAUAUUGACUAGUAAAAACUCAUUUUCACUACUAUGGGGAAUACUACAUUUUAUUCUCAGCUGUUUAGAGUUCUGUUUGAACUGCUCUUGACCUUCAAUGCAAUUGAGUUUCUUUUUAAUUUUCCAUGUUAGGUUGUUGAAAGUCAAGUGUUACAUUAUUCCAAAUGUAAUAAUUCUGUAUAAUAACAUUGGCGACAUUAAUUGAUAUGACCAUUUUAAGUACAAAUAGGCAACUGCGCUCCACGAGAGCGGACUUUUGUGAAAAUGGCGUCUGGUGUCGGCUGCCUCCACAGGCGCAGCUGUGCGCUCGCUGACCACAUCGUUGCAUUGUGAUUCGUCUCCACAGAAUGGAGCCCGCGGCAGCAUCGCCACUGGCGUCGGACGAGAAAACCCACACGAGCCGCCGUCAUCAUGGGAACCUGCGGCUGCUCUGUCGCAGAUGUUUCUGAGGAGCAACACGAUGCACAUCAUCCCGGGGACCAGGAGACGUGACCGUCUGUCACUUGUUUACCGCCCGUUCACGAUCGAAGAAGAAGUGACCUUCUCCGAGGAGGAAGAUGUCAGCGAUGAAAAAGACCAGAAGUUUUCACCUUGGUCCCCAUCUCAAAAGUUCAAUGAAGACAGACGCCUCCCUCCAACCAGGAACAUGAAGGGCUUAUCGGGCAGCCGGUCCCAGCACCAGAUCCCUCUCCCCUACGGCUUGGACUACGACCCCCACGUCCAUGACCUCCACGCUCACCAUGGCUCUGACUCCCGCCACUCGUCUUACCUGCUCAGCCCCACGGAGAGCUGCCCCAUGGACUUCCACCACCGCUACUCGCCACGCAGCUCCAUCCACUCCGACUGCAUGAUGAUGGCCCCCGCCAUGAUGCCUCAGGCCGCGGUGUCGGAGCACAUCUCCAGCAGCACUUUCCCCAGAAUGCACUACAGCUCUCCGUAUUACGACCCGGCCACCAGGGACGACUGCGCUGCCAUCACCGCCUCCGCCACCUCCCCGGCGGUCGCCGCCGCCGCCGCGGCCGCCGCCGCCUCCUCCCAUCUCGCCGGCACCAAGAGCAACCGCCUCCCCGCCAACCUGCUGGACCAGUUCGAGAAACAGCUGCCGCUGCACCGCGACGGCUUCCACACGUUGCAGUACCAGCGCACCUCCACCACCACCGAGCAGCGCGGCGAGAGUCCCGGCCGCAUCAGGCACCUCGUCCAUUCCGUCCAGAAGCUCUUCACCAAGUCCCACUCCCUGGAGGGAUCGUCCAAAAUGAAUGGCACAAAAGGGGAUGUUACCGGAGGAGGAGGAGGAGGAGGCGGCGGCUAUCACCACCACGGCCACCAUUCCACCAAACACGGUAGCAAGAGGAGCAAGAGCAAGGAGCGCAAGCACCGCUCGGGCGGCUGGUGGAGCUCCGACGACAACCUGGACAGCGACAGCACCUACCGCACGCCCAGCGUCAUGUCGCGGCACCACGGGGAGCACGUCAGCCACUGCUACCCGGAUUCCACGCACAGCCAUCACUUUGGGGACCUGUCGCUCAAGACCUCGAAGAGUAACAACGACGUCAAAUGCUCCGCCUGUGAGAGCAUGGCCAUGGCGCCGGAGGGCAAGUUCAUGAAGAGGAGCUCCUGGUCCACGCUGACAGUCAGCCAGGCCAAAGAGGCCUACCGGAAGUCAUCACUUAAUCUAGAGAAACCCACCAUGCACUCGGACCUCAAGCAUUCGUCGCGGCCGUGUCACUACCUGCAGGUGCCCCAAGACGAGUGGAGUGGAUACCCGGGCGACGGGGACGAGGAGAUCCCGUGCAGACGGAUGCGCAGCAGCAGCUACGUCAAAGCGAUGGGAGAGGUGGAGGAUGAGAGCGGCGACUCCGACAGCAGCCCCAAGAUCUCCCCGCAGAAGGCCAUCCGGCCCGAUGCGCUCGUCCUCAAGUCGGCCAUGCAGAGACCCCGCUUAGACUCCCACAGCCAGGGCUACCACAUGCAAACCCCCAGAGACAUGCGACCCCACCCUAGUGUCACGCUGGACCCUGCCGCCUUCCACCCUCCGCCCUUCCGCUCUCGCAACCAGAGCUACAUGCGCGCCGUCAGCACCCUCAGUCAGGCAAGCUGCGUCAGCCAGGUGAGUGAGACUGAGAUCAAUGGCCAGUUUGAGUCAGUUUGCGAGUCCGUUUUUAGCGAAGUAGAAUCCCAGGCCAUGGAAGCCUUGGACCUGCCUGGUUCGUUCCGCACUCGAAGCCACAGUUACCUCCGCGCAAUUCAGGCUGGUUAUUCCCAAGAUGACGACUGCUUGCCUUCAAUGACAUCCUCCACUGUCACUUCAACUCUCAGAUCCACAACAGAGGGAUAUGAUGUUUUGGAUGGGAUCUCUUUACUAAAUGACGACAUGAUAGAGGACGAUGACGGUGCUAGCUCCUCCGCCUAUGUGGAGCUGGAGAGGCUGGAGAGAGAGACUGCUGCCGCACGCAGCCAGCACAGUACUAGCUCCACCGUAACAGCCAUCUCCGUCCCGCCCACGUCGCCGCCUUCGUACAGGGUCCCCUCCGACUCGCCCGUAGCCUCCGAGCCGCCGGUCCCUCAGGCCAUUCAGGCCUUCAAGGAGUCGGCCAACAUGAUCGCCGCCUUCAACAUGCAGUGGAAGGACGAAAUCUCCGCCAUGCGCUACGAGCUGGCGGAGCUGCGGCGAGACGUCUGCGGCGAGUUGAAGACCUUCAACAGCAACUUCUUCAACUUCACCCAGUGCUACAACAUGUGGACUUUCUGCCGGGAGCCCUGCAGCGACAGCACCACGCAAACGGACGACAGAGUGUCCGUGGGGAUCCAGGCGGGCUCCAGCUGGUCGAUCCAUCAGAACCGGCAGAACACGCACGACAAGUCGGUGAUGUGCCAACCGGAGCCGGCGCCCUUCAGCAUUAUGGAUUUGAUGGACCCGCCCCGGAUUGAGAUCAUCGAGGGGACCCCGGAGAGCACGCCGGAGGGGUCGGGCAGCCCCGCGAGCCCACUUCCGAUAGAGGAUUUCCCAUGGGAGGUCAACAAGAAGCAAAAGGCCCACAAGCAGCCAGAGUCAGGUGGCCACACAGGUGGUCACAGGAGCGCCAGUCUAGAACUGUGGAGCAGGAAGUACACUAGCGGGCCCAUGUCAUAUCUGUCUAUGUCAUUCUGAUCAUCCCCACACUACGCAUAAUGUAAAAUGAAAUGAGGAAGCCAUGAUCAAAAAACAAAACAAAAACAAAAAAACCUGACAUUUACAAAGAAAAGGCAGGGCAGAGUCGUUGUUAGAUGUCCCUUUACUCUAUGCAGACACAGAGUCUGUCAUCUCCUGAACAGGUUACAAUGCUGCUCAAGCAAUCUUUUGAACAAGUGUCUUGGUUAGCCAUGGAUUAAAAGAGAGACUUUGUUCUACACCAGAAUGAGAUGACAUAAGAAUGUGAGAGAGAAUGUGGCUUAUGCUCAGAUCCUCAAGUGCCAACAAGUGCAGCAUCAUCUUCCCUCGGCUGUCUUAAACACACUAACCUUCAGAGAAGAGGUCAAUUCAAGUAAACAUGAUGGGCAAUCUGAGGGUCACUUAAUCAUAAAACUCAAUAACCCGUCAUUGUGAGGUGAGGCAUAGACAAAUAAAAGGCUCAUAUUCAUUCCAGUUUCUCUUCCUGUAGAAACUUUAUCUUAAGCACCUGAGUAUACUGAAAAAAUACUGUGAAUACCUUUAUAAACCCUAGUUUUUUAAAGAAUGCAUUCAAGAUUAAUACAUUAUUUCUUAAUAUGUAGUAAUAUAUUAUUCACCUUUUGUUAUUCUAUUCAAAGCAUUCCUUUUUCAUUGCCUUCAUCCAUUUGGUAGCUUGGUCCAGUUUCAAUGGGCUCGGAGAACUGCAAAGCAUAAAGAAGUAUCUGCAUCAAUUUGAAACAAAAAAAAGAAAGAAAAAGAGGUAGUUCCGACAACGUAUUAUAACAUCUGAAAGCCCAAACCCUGGAAUAGUGAUGGGUGACACUGUCUUGAGGCCUUUGUGGACUUAGUCCCUGGCGAACACUGUUUACCAUGAAUCCAUUGUGACCGACUAGUGUAACAGCGCGAGGAGGGGAAGCAGUAAGGCAGGGAGGAAUGUGUUGGUUUCACUCUUGCACAAAAUGCAUCCAUUUUCAAACUCUGUAUAUGUAUAUAAAUAUACCAUUUUGUAUAUACAGAAACGUAUAUUCAGUACUUGUACGGUUUGCCAUAUUAUUAACGCCCAUGUCCGACAGCGCUGAGAAGGGUCAGAAUAGUGAUUGUGUUUCCAAACCAAACGCAGCCCUUUCUCCAGUCUGUCAAGGUUUGUCUUCAUUUAAAUCAUCGUGUUCAUCAUCUCGAUGUUUGUACUCCUCAAAAAGAGAAGUUUCAACUAUUGUUUUUCUUGCAGUGGGGACUGGAGGUUUGGUUCAGUGUGUUGUAUCUAUUCUAGUGGAAAAGGAAAAUUUGGUGAAAUGAUUUGGACUAAAUUCUACCAUAUUCAUCUUUUUUAAAUGCCACAUUUCUCGAUUAAUGGUGCAAUUUUUUCUCGUCCCGGGGUGGGUUAUCACUGCUGAAAGAUGACAGAGAAACAUUGGUCCCUAUAAGUAGACAAUCACAGCCGCUGAGGGCAUCUACCUCCCUGACAUGCUCCCAGAAGUGCAGUAUACUACCCCUGAAUGUACUAACACCGCCUCACUAGUGAUGGCUUAGAUGGGUAACUCAACCCUUAAUGACAGAGCGCCCUCCAUCAUCUCCUGUAUUUGGCCAAUUGCUGUUUUUCAUAAUAUAAUAAUUACUCACGAGCCACUGGCAUUGCCCAAAUCCCCUCAUCUAGUGCGCUGUCCCAUUGUACCAACAUGGCGUAACCAUAGUUACUGUAAUACCAAGGCCAACAGAACACAUUGGACGCUCACUGCAAGCACAGGACCACGGGAAGCCUGUUUGUGUCAGACGCCUGACUGAAAUGUGAACCCUUCAAAAGGGGACAUUUAAUAAAAGGAGAGGUGUCUUCUCUCAAGCCAUAAAGGGAGCGCAUCAUCUUCCCAUUUGGGCAGAAAGGGUGGCAUUUUGAAAAGGAUGAUAUUCACACCAAGGUUCUUCUAGAGGUAAGAUCAGAAAGGAAAGUUGAAGCCACGGAUGAAAGGGAGGCUGACAUAUUUCUGCAGAAGCUCGGCCUCACACAAGCGUUGCACUGACUCGUUGAACCUGAUCUUAAAAGCCUACAUCAAUUAUUAACUUGCCUUGAUAACCGAAUAAAUGUGUUACAGAAAGUUUUGCUCGGUUCUCGGUUCCAUGAAUAAUAGGUAGGGAAUACGUUCCUUUCUAUUAUUGUCAUUUGCAAUACAGAAUAAGAAUUUAAAAAUCUUAUCAUCUAUGUAUUGUUGUUAUAAACUCAAACAAGCUCAAUCUUGAGUUUUUCGUCAUUGACCCUCUAAAGACUCAGUUAGCAUAAAUCAUGAAUUAUUUUAAUGAAAGGCAUAAAACUGUGAGAACAUUUAGCAUAUCACUAUUUUAAAAUGAUAUAUAUAAAGUAUCUAUGAUUUCUAUUUUUAGCAAAGGCCUGUAUUCACUUUUUCCCUUUUUGAAUGAUUGAGAGGGGAUGCAGUGUCAGUCCGUACUUAUAUCUUAUCCCAUUGUUUGGGGAAUGCAAACUUAUUUAAAGGUGCUGAAGUCUGGUCAAUCAUGAUGUCACCAAUCAACAUUCAUUCAUUCUAUGCAAGUCCUUUGAUCUUUGUUGUAAUUUUACAUCAUCUAAAUAUUUGCAGUUAUUAUCGGGCAUUUAUGUCAGGCCUCCAUUCAAUCAAUGCCGCGUAUGGGAUGAUGUUUUCAGAAAAUAUUGGGGCUAUCUAUUUUUUGGGGGGGGGAAUAUUUUCUUUCUAUUUUCUUUUGGAUUAUUUUUGCAUGCGCUAGGGGGCCACACUUAAGGUUGCUUUAGUGUUUUCAUUCAAAUUGUUCCCACUUAUUUGAAUACAAGCAUCAAAGAGUUUGUUGGUGAGAUUGUUGAGAUUCCUGCUCAGUGGUAGCAUCCGUGUGCUUUCAUCAUGUACAAAAGAAAAACUAUCACAAGUGUAUCAUUGUUGAUUCAUCUACUGACAACUGUACAGAAAAAUUAGAAAACAAAGCUAAGUAUAAAAUGAUUUAAAAUACUGUACAAAAGCUUCAUUUUCUAAAUUUAUAUCAAAUUGAACAACAAAGUGGUGAUUGACUGAUCCCAGGGGAUUCAACCAUGCUUUAAAUAAAGUUCAAGUUUAGGAUUUAGGAUAAUUUAGCCCAAAGGAAUUACCCUUCCCUUAAAACAAGUUGAAAUGUAGCAAAAUAUUGAAGUAUUAUUUAAAAAUACAUACAUAUAUAUAUAAUAUGUACAUUUAACAGAGACAGAAGAGGAAAUAUGGUAUUGCCAAUUAUUUUUUAACCAUGCAACCAUAUUGUAAGAAAAUAUAUAUUUAUUUGUCAAAAAUCUCUGCAUUGUCUCCCUUAUAUGUGACAGUAUGUAGUGAAUUACCUCAUGAGUUUUUGUUUACAUUUUGUUGUGAUCCAGAGAUCUGACUCUGACGUCCAGCUAUUGGGACAAAGGUUUUUUGGUGGAAUCUGAUCUCACCUGAACCUGUAAACACUGCUUGAAUAUAAAUCCUUUUCUACGCCCCACGUUCUCCUCCUGCAUUUAUUCAACGCUUCUUGGAGAAAACGCGUUACUCUGUUUUGCAUCAGUCAUGUUGCAAUUUUCAGGGAUCUUAGACUGAAUUGUUUGGUAAAUCAGACUUUGUCAAAGUUAUCGAGCACUUUUUUGAAAACCAUGGUGUAGCCUGCAUUUGUUAGCUUCUGCUUACUUUGUUAAAAGAAUGAAACCGGUAUGUGAUACUUUUGCCCUUUUUUGUUUGCUUAAUGUGGUGUUUCUUGUGAAUUUUCCUUUACAUUUUAUUGGCCACAUGUAUUUUUCAUAUAUUGAUAUAAAACAAUGGAUUAAAAUGUUUGAUGUUUAUGUUUAUGGUAAUUAAAAUGGCAAAUGGGGGUCAUAGCUUUACAAUGGCACCGAAAGAUCAAACUGACUUAUAGCAUAAAUAAUAUGGUUUGUGUCCAUGGGGAAGAGUACACACCACACGCGGGGAACACACAGAACGGGCCGGGCACCGCGCCUUUUACUUUAACCUUCUCAAUAUGCAUUGCUUUUCUACUAAGCUAUCAUCUUUUUGUUGGUUUGUUUGUUUCAUUUUUCUUUUCUUUUUUCCCCCCCCA